UUCUAAAAACUUUCACUUUCGGAUUCAUUGUUACGCACAAGGAAAUUAUUUUUGACACGUUGUCAGGCGCCUUAAUUAACUCGGAAGUUGUUUCCAUCUUCACGGUAGAAAUACAUAGAACAUAUUUUUCAUUUCCCACUUAAAUACACGAUGGCUCUUCUGGAUGUAAGUGGUUUUAGUCGCUACUCUGAGCUCCGCGGACAGAUUCUUCCAGCGGGACGGACGCAUCCCGUGGACCGAACCAACCACUACAGCUUUGGAACCAAAACUCCGGAGUUUGCUUUACCUCUGGGUGUCGACCCCUCAGCGUUUCUCAAGUCCUGCAACCAGGAAGCAGGUGUGUGUAUUGACCUGAACCAUGGUACCACCACCUUGGCCUUCAAGUUCAAACAUGGAGUCAUCGUGGCUGUGGACUCCAGAGCCUCAGCUGGACGUUACUUAGCGUCCAACGAUGUCAACAAGGUCAUAGAGAUCAACCCCUACCUGCUGGGCACCAUGUCGGGCAGCGCUGCAGACUGUCAGUACUGGGAGAGACUCCUGGCUAAAGAAUGCAGACUGUACAGGCUGAGGAACAAGAACAGGAUCUCUGUGGCUGCUGCCUCCAAGCUGCUGUCCAACAUGAUGCUGGGUUACAGAGGCAUGGGCCUCUCCAUGGGGAGCAUGAUCUGUGGAUGGGACAAAGAGGGCCCUGGUUUGUACUACGUGGAUGAUAAUGGGACGCGUCUGUCAGCCAGCAUGUUCUCUACCGGCUGUGGGAACAUGUACGCCUAUGGCAUAAUUGACAGCGGUUACAGGGAGGACAUGACAGUAGAGGAGGCGUAUGAGCUGGGUCGUCGAGGAAUCACUCACGCUACGCACAGGGACGCCUACUCCGGUGGAGUGGUGAACAUGUACCACAUGCGAGAGGACGGAUGGAUCAAGGUGUGUAAAGAAGACGUGUCAGAGCUGAUCCAUCGCUACAGGAAGGGAAUGUUCUGAACUUGACCCUGAAACACAGAUCAACCUAAAGAGUCCCAAAACGGUCCAAUCAUAGGUUUGAUAUGAUGUGACUUUAUAAUUUUUUUAAGAAAUGAAACUUUAUUUUGGGGGUUUGUGGGUAAUGUAGUGUCAGGUCGAGAUGUUCUCAAUGAUUUUUAAUAAAUUAGAUGUCAGUAAAUUUAGACAUAACUGGGUCAGACCUUUGUUUCUAUCGUUCUUCACAUCAUGUAAUGUUGGUCCUGAACAUGUUGAUGCUGUAGCUCUUCAAAUGUCCUAUGUUUGUGUGAACCAUAUUGACUGUAAACAAAUGGCCGACAUGACUGCUCCCAAAACUGAAGCCAAAUCAUCUGGAUUCCCUGCUGGCUGGCCGGGGUGUAGUUCAUAAACCCCGCCUCCUCUAUGUCAAAAUCCCCAUUAAAGAAAUGUUUCUAAAAGAU